CCCUAAGAAAAUGCAAGAAGUGACAUCAUUUGAUUACGUAUGCGAAGGGAUUUCCCCUUACAAAGGGAAUUUUUCUGCGAUCAUAGUUUAUUUAUGAAUUUUUCAUUCCGUGCUCCGCAGUUUUAUAUUUGUAAAUUUCGGGGAAUAACUUCAUACCGAAACUAAACCACAGAUACUUUCGUUCCUUUUUGCUUAUAUAAAAGUUUAGACAUUUCAUUUCCCAGCCAAGUUUCAGGUUGGCUUUCCUUAGGUAUUACGAAACAAAGCUAAGUGUUCCUAAAAGGAAGCGACAUUUCAUUAUAUAUAUAAAGAACGUCCGUUUCAAGUCAGAUUCAACGACAUUUCGAAACUGGAACAACAAGUACAUAUAAAAGGUAAGCUUCAAUUAACGUAUAUUUAUAUACUUUAAAGCUUAUUUAUAUUACAAAAGUAUUAUGUGACAUAGAAGAUUCUAGAUGGAAACGGUCAAGAAUUUAGCAAAUUUCGAAGCAAAUUUCGAAGCAAAUUUGGAGGCAAAUUUAUUCCAUCGGCUGUUGAAUAAUUGAAUCGAAGUGUUCGACUCCAACCAAGUAAUAAAGGCUGUAUUGAACCGCCUUUGUUCUUUCAUAAAUAUCGUUUUAUUUACCCAGGACAAUUUUAAUUCAUUGGACUACCAUAGGACAAAACUAAAAGAGAUUUUUAUGACAACUGUUUUGGUUUGAUUCAAUAUACAUUCAUAGUUUAAUUUAUAUACCAUUUCCUGAUCGAUGUCUUCUAUAAACAUUUUAGAUUAAAGAAUGGAUAGCCCGCAACUACAAAGGACAAUGUCCUUGACAGACAUAAAUACAUCUUCUGCAAUCCGUGAUGGAAUUGAACGGGAUGUUACAAUUCCAGCAGACAGAAGCAGACAUCGCUUCUUCCUUCAAUUACCACGACACGAUUUCAUCCUGCCUAGCCUCACCCGUUUUGAUCAAGAUUUUCGUAAAUUCUUGCUAUCGGCAUUGGUUGAUUUUGGUCUCAUGCAAGAAUUGGAAGAUGCAAAAUGUGUAAACUGGUGUUUGAUGUUACCAAAAUUCUUGCCUCUACAAACUCUGGGAGAUGGUAAUUGUUUGAUGCAUGCUGCCUCACUUUGUAUGUGGGCUGUACAAGACAGAAGACUUACGUUGAGAAAAAGUGUCUAUCAAGUUCUUGUUGAAGAUCAAACAGGUAGAUUAUUUGAAAUAUUUUCUUGUGGGUUUGGGUAAGAGCUUUAUUUGGUCAUUGGUAUGACGAUCGUUGUUUCUUGAUCUUUCCUGCUGUUCUAAUUAUUCUGGAAUUUACACAAUACUGCUGUUGAAGACAGCAACAGGAAUUAGAUGGUUUCGGAUAACAAAGUAAACUUCCUGUUUCAGACUUUCAGCUAUUCAUGUUCUUCUGAACAAAGGAACUUUGAGGAAUGGGUAGACUUCCUGAUUAGUCGUUUUCAAUUAUCAUGUCGGGAGAACAAUUAUUAAGUGCAAGAAUCAAUUACCGAAAUAUUCUAAAUUCUGCUACAAACUUCCUUUAUUAUGUUGGUGCUAUUUAUAUAAACAUAGUUCUUAACCUAUUAAGCUGCAAUGCACUCCAAUCAAUACUUUGGUAUUUUCCUCCGUCUAACUCAAGAGGACAAUCUGACCUGCAAUUCGCCCAUAAUUCAUACAAUUUUUCAUUUUAGAGAUGUUCAGAAAGCGAUGGCAGUUUGAGCAAGAGAAACGUCUUGAGGAACAAAAUGGGAGUCCAGUGGACUGCAGCAGUGAGCAAUGGGAUGAAGAUUGGAAGAAAACCAUGGAACUUGCUUCAACAACAAGAUCCUCCGAGACCCACACUCUCAAUGCACUUGAAGAGAUUCACAUUUUCGCUUUGGCCAACAUCCUUCGACGACCAAUACUGGUUCUUUGUGACAACAUCCACAGAGGAAACUAUGAUGAGUCACUUGCAGAUGUCAGCCUAGGUGGCAUAUAUCUGCCGUUGUUGUGCGACUCAGUAGAUUGUGUCAGAUCUCCUGUUGUGAUUGGCUAUCACCAAGGUCACUUUAUGUCGCUCGUAACAACGGAAGAUGGCAGCAUAACAUGUGAAGAUGUGUUCCAACAACAAAGAAAUAAAAAUGCGGUACCGUUAGUGCAAUAUGACGACUCUCCUAUGCAGUUACAUUUCUUGUUACCAGAUGAACAGCAGAGUUCGGACCGAUUAUUGCGGGAAUAUCUGAACUGUUCUAGGGUAGAAUACACCAAUAAUGAAGUCACCAGAACAAUUCUUGUGGCUACCAUGCAAUCACAAGAGCCAGAAGCCCACUUUGAUCAAAUGUUCAAGACCUACUUUCGAGCGUUGCAAGAAGUUUACUUGGAGAAACUUGCCGAAAGACAACUUUCCUUGUCUGGUCAACAUUACAGACCAUAUCCUGCCGCAUCACCUGGUAACGGAACUGCGCUUCUACCUCGGAACACUCCAAGAUGUUGCAGUGCUCAUAAGAAAUGCAAAAAUGCAGUUUGUGAAAAUUACACGACUCACUCGAAUGAUUACUGCCACCAGUGCAGGAAAACCAAGCCUCAACUCUGCACAUCGCCUGGCUGUCCAUUCGCUGCCAAUGCAGACUAUGAAGGUCUUUGCUCCUCAUGUUUUGCACGGUACCGUGCAAUCCUGGAGCAAGGAGCCAGCAUGGUAAGUCCGUCUGCACCCCCAAGCAACAGGUGCAUCAUUAGCAAUUGCCAGAAAGAGGCAUGUGCUCAUUUUCAUGGCAAGUGUCAUGACUGUUAUAUCAAAUAUAUUCACACUCCUAAUCUUGGAAACAUUACCACCACUGCAAGUUCGACAACAACUGCAAGACCAGUUACAAAAAAUGAAAGGCAAGCUGAGAACAAUUUUGGUCCACAGAGUCCAGCAUUACCUCGCCAAAAUUCCAGACUGUUUUGCUUCGACCAAAUGUGCAACAAUCGUCUCCAAAAUCCAGAACAGAUUUACUGUGACGAGCAUGCUGCUGGUGAUAUUGACCAGCCUAGUGCAAUGAACAGAGACUAUGCAAUUUGUUGUGUUUCUGGUUGUAGCAUGCCUGCAGUGACCUACCAUGGACAAUUAUGUUACGAGCACUACAAGGAAUCCAUGAGUCGCCAGCAAAGCAAGAGUCACCAAACACCACAGAUGAAACAAUCCGGAAUAAAGUGCAUAACCCAUGGAUGCAACUUCUUUGCAGUUGCAGACCACAACUACCUCUGCUCACAAUGUCAUGCAAAGGCCUUGCAAGAACAGUAUGAUAUGCAGAGGAUACAAGCUGAGCAAGACAGAGCACAGGCAGAAUGGGUUGCUCAAAUUGCGAGCAGCAGUUCUGAACAAUCCCAGUUUGACUUUCAACGCAAGCCUUUCUACUAUGAGGUAAAUUUGAAUUAAAAACAAUCAGCUCAGUCUAGUGUAAAUACAAUUUAAUAGACCCUUGCAGAACAUCAUUCGACUAUAGAGCCUCAUUUUUGCAAGGCUUGGAUAAAAUUAAUCACACGUAUGAAAAUGAGUCUCUAUAACCGAAUGAUAUACUUUCUGGAAGGGUGUAUUACCAGAGGGUGUUCAAUAAUUAAUUAAUAUACUUUGGCAUAAAACUUAUUUUUAUCAUCUUUAUUUCACAGGUGAUUUCUAUGCCAAACAAAAGUGCUUCAGCUCCAUCUUCACCAAACCGAAAAAAAUCUGCAAUGAAUACGGUACCUUGUGUGACAAAAGGUUGUCCACACAUGGGGACUGAAGAGAAACAAGGCCUCUGUGACAUUUGUUUUAAGAAGAAAGAAGCGCUGUUUUGUCAAGUUGGUGGCCGCAACAGACAUUCUAGCAUGCCAUGAAUUGUGUGACACGUAUUUACUAUUUAUCCAUGUAAAUAUUACCUAAUGUAAAGUAUUACUUAUGUAUAAUAUUUAUGUAAAGUAUUAGUCAUGUAUAAUAUUUAGAUUCAAGUUAUUGGGAUUAACUUUUAAAAAUUGAUAGUUUAUCAUUAAUUAAAACAGAUUGACUACGAUUAUGGUGUAAUUAUUUGUAGGCUAAUUCUAAUAAAAUUUAAUUUUGUAAAGUAUUAAAUUUAAAAUUGAUGUGGAAGUGUUAAAGUGUGUUAAAUUAUAAGCUUAUUACAACAAAAUAUUAGUAUAAAUGAGAAAAAUCAGAGUAAACAAAAAGAAUUUUCCCUGCAUGAUAAUAUAUUGGUAUCCUGUGCAAAUAUUUAUCGAAUGUCUUCAAACAGAAGUAUGCAAGUUGGGAAUCCUUACAAUUUGUAAACUAACAACAAGUUUAGCACUUUAUUUGUUCUACUUUCCGCAUCACCAAUCCAUUGUAAAAUUCACAAGAAAAAACUUCAAAACAAACAAGAAAAGCCCUCAAGACAAUUAUGAAUGAAACAAGACACCACAAAUGGCACAAAAUGUGAAAAAAUCCGCCAUUUUCAGAAAAAAACCCCAUAAAACUGUGGAUAAAUACAGAUGAUUUAUUGCACAAUGCAAAUCUACAUUCAGCGUUUCCCACCAACACGACCAGUAGUUUUACCUCCCUUUUGCUUGUUAGGUGCCUUAGACUUUGAAGGCUGUUGCUGUACCUAAAAAAUACAUUAUAUCACAUUUCAAAAAAUAC